UAACAUUGCAGCGUAUUUAACCUUGGAGCGGUGCAAACAGAGCUACCAACAUCGGUAAAAAUACUUCGAAUGAAAUAAGCAUGAAGACGACCUUGUGUGUCUCAUUUUAUUUGUGUAUUGCAACUGUCAAUAGUUUCGUUUCAAAUGACUUUAAUCAUUUAGUGAAAGAAGUAUGCAGAGGCGAACAGUCAUGUAGCGAAGAAAAUAAAACCCUUCCGGCAAAUUCGUGUUGCCGUCCUUGUGAAUGCGAGGAUUUUUGCCAGGAAAAAGGAACGUGCUGUGACGGCAAUAGAACAAACCGAAUCGAAAAUGUAACAGCUCAAGUCUGCUUACUGGCCGGACUGGAAAGAUCGUCAAUCGACGGAAGAAAGACACAGCUUAAUCCAUACCUUGUUCGAGCACACUGUCCUGAAAGUUUCACCAAUCAUAGUACCAGAGAUAAAUGUGAAACGAGCACUCCAGAAAGUAUUGAAGAUGGCGUAUUCGUCUCUUCUAAAAAUGGCAAAAUUGUUUACAAAAACAGGCACUGCGCUCUAUGCCACGGUGAAGAAGACCCAAUUAUGUGGACAGUUGGUGUAGAUGAAAAAUGUGUCAGAGACGUAUUUUUGUCCAGAUCUGAUACUCAUCGUUCGCUAAAUGCGUCCUACAUCAACGAAAAACUGAUGACAUCAUGUACAAUAUCGUUUGACAGACCAAGUAUAACGGGCUGGAAACACGUGACAUGUGCCCAUGAAGGAAUGCUGAUUUCAAGUUGUCCGGAAAUGACGUCACAGAACCGCUCGUCUGGUAUUGAUAAGGAACUAAAUGAAUUAUGUUUGGAGGACAAAAGUGCGCUGUCCGUUUUCCACGGAUAUAAGUGGCAAUAUGCCAAUGUUUAUUGUUAUUUAUGCAAUGAACAAAAAGCUGCCAAAUGUGACACAGAAAAUCCUGAUAAGGUUUUACAAAGUAUUACCCUAUUACUAGACUUGUCGCUUCUGCGCAUGGGCAAGAUAUCACCGGAAGAGGAAGAGGAAGAAAAAGGACAUCAGUGUACCGGUCCUACUUUCUACGACGAACUGUUUGACACAUGCAGAGAAAUACGUUGCCAAAUGUUUGAUGUUGCCUCAGAGGGUAAAUGCAUUUCCAUAGCACAGAAAGGUAAAAUGAACUAUGCUUUCAACUUUGAACUUGUCCCAAAGCAGCCGUGGAACCGUCAGCAGUGGAACCAUGUAGACAUAAGCGAAUUCUUGGAUGCCUUAUCCACAUUUCAAUCAAAACUGGGAUUUCGAAAAUGUCGGCGGUGCAGUGUUAAUGUCAGAUACAACCUGAACCCCACCAUGCAGUAUAAAACAUAUUCACACUUAAAGUUCUAUCUCCAGUUUGUAUUUACAACAACACCGUAUUGUGAACGGAAAUAUUUACUGUCGCGUGCAGAAUGGUUGGAAAAUGGUCAACAUCCGGCUUCCUUAGCGCAGAAUAUUACAUUUACGGCUAGAUAUAUUUGGUCACAAGACGAAUAUACGAAUAUAACCGAAUCGCUUAUUACUGUGUAUCAUAAGUAUCGGUGCCGAGCCUUUGACCCUAGCAGACUUGCUAACUGUCCAAAAAUAACUCUGUCACUGGAUGAAUUUGUUAAGAUUGGAAAUCUGACGAGAACACAGCAACUAAAAGCAGUUCGGAAUGAAUAUGAUGGCUUCGAUGUCUGCCUGGAUGAAUACAAAAGAUAUGUUCACGACAUAAAAUCACACAGUGCUAAAAGUAGAUAUAGCACUAACUUCGUGCUUAUACCGCUGUUUCUGAUUUUUAUUGUUUUGAAAUAAUUGUCUACAUGACCCGUUUUUGGAGCACACUUUUCGAAAGACAAGAAACAUGCGCACCGGCCUAAUUACAACACUGACCUAUGGUAAAAAAUAGCAAGGACUAAAUAUCCAACUGAUAUCAUGUGCUCAAAGCACAGCUAAGUCAAAAUACAUUGCCACAAUUCUGCACGUUGAAUACUCCUAUGGAAUUAAUUGAUGACGACCAUUUUUUUUUACAAAAUUGCAGUACAAAAAGAUAAGCUUUUGUCCAUCUGUGUCGCAUUUUGAGCAGUAUUUAACCAAAUAUCAUAAUCAAAAUUUAAUGCAGUUGCCAGUGAGGCAUUACGUAACGAAAAUCAACUAUGAACAAAGUUAAAUCAGUUCUACAGAAUAUCUUGUAGCAAAGUGAUGUUGCAUUUUUGUAAACAUGAAAUGUUAAGUAGUUAUAUUAUAUUUGUAGUACAUGCACUUUCUGCUACCGUAUAUGCGCUCCUAGCCAUUUGUAUUUUGUCAAUACUCUUUGGUCCUUUAUAUUAUAAUGUACUCCGUGUUUAUUUUAUCAUGUCCACUAGUGCAUCAAUAUAAAUUACUUUAAGGGAAUGAAAAUAACUGGUCAGCUCUUCUUCUGACACGAAAACAACGUUUUGACGCAAACUUAGAUCUACACGUCUCUUUAUAUACCAUUAUGUAUAAUGUACCUAUUCUGAACGCAAAUUCCUUUUCAACUUUUAACCUGCUAAACUGGUUUGUUCGCAGUACUAUUUAAUAUUCGAAGAGGAGUUCACUGAAAAAUUAUUGACUGUAAAGCGAACAGUGCAGACCAUGUGCAGGCUGUUGCAAAGGUAGACUGACUUGCCGCCAGCAGGUUAAAGGUUACAUGUUUUGAUACUACAUGAUACUACAUGUAGUCGAGAAAUUACCAAAUAAUUCUGUUCAUAACUGAUAAACUGCAGACGACACAGAUAGUUACAUGUACAGAAUGGCGGAUAAAAAGCAAGUCGAAUAAACAGCGAGUGAGUUUGGUGUGUAUUUUAUUUUUUUGGCAAAACGGAAAUUAUACAAAUGAUACAAACAGUAAUUACAUAAGAUUACUCACUCUAUGUCGUGAGUAAAUCAAUUAUUCACUAAUUUCAUGUUCCUAACUACAAAAACAACAAACAAAAUAUAGGAUAAAGGUCUUAGUAUUUGACAGCAUUCAAAUGUACAAAAGAUACGAAUAUAUUGGUCUUGUAAAUGCAAGUUUGUAUACUCCAUUUUAAUCGACCUGGCGGGGCGUGGUUUCGCGACGAUCCACUGCAUUACAUACCUCUUCCUUUGUUAGACAGAGGUCUAUAUUUUUCUGAAAGACCUCUUUGAACAAAAGAUGUCUCGUGCAGAGGUCUAGCUGUUCUGGCCGAGACCUGAGCACGUGAAAAAAGUGAUGAAAUAGCAUCUAUUAAACACAUAGAUACGUUUCAAUAAAAUACUUUUUACAAUGAUUUUAUCAUGAUUGAUUAUGAUUACCUAAUGAAAUAAUCAGUGGUUAAUAAACUGAUUUUCAAGAAAAUCGUGCGUAAUUUUAUUAACGUUUCUUGUUAUUGUUAUUAAAUGCAUCUUACAUGUAUGCAUGAUUAAAAUUAGGAAAAAAGCCUAGAUUCCACAUAAAGCCGUAAAAUAUGAGAGAAAAAUUAAUAAGCAAAAAUAAAGAAUAACCGCUCUACCAGUUAGGCAGACAAAAUGUUAACAAUUCACCAUUUUCGAUAUCCUUUAAUUUUGGUUAUUAACCCGCAGAGAACAAUAGAACAGUUGUAUAAUUUCAUCUGUUCAAAUCACAGAUGACAACCUGACAUUUAAAAAAAAUCACCCCUACGCCAAAUCAUGGAUUCGCCUGUGGUUUC